AUGAUUUCACUUAAGCAAAUAUCUGCAAUAUGUAUGAGUCUCAGUGUUGGAGUUUCUGGCAUUGUUGCAGGAUAUGUUGUCGAUAAAUAUUAUGUGAAACCAUUUGAACUUACUUUUAGAGACAAAAGUGCUCUCUAUGGUAAGAGUCCCGAAGAAAGAGGUGAACCAUCCUGUCUGUACUAA